AUGUUCUCGUCUAAGACGCGCAAGGCGCUCGAGACGGCGUCGCUCCUCGACCACUCGCAGCUCCUGCGCUCGGCGCAGGCGUGGCAGCUGGGGCAGAUUGCGACUCUCGGGCUCGGCGCAGAGCUCACGGCAAUGACCUACGAUCCGGUCCAGUCGCUGCUCGCAGUCGGCACCGAGCACGGCAAGCUCGUCGUACUCGGCGCACCGGGCGUCGAGCUCGCGUGGGACGUCGGACUGCCCACCAAGAUCCGGCACCUCGCGUUCAAGAGCGGGAGCGGCUUCCUCUGUGUCGUCGACGCCAAGAACACGCUGUCCGUCUUUGACCUGCAGCGCGUCGAGAACGGCAAGCCUCAUCGCGACUCGUCCCUCUCCCUGCGGUCCAACGUCACCUGUCUCGAGUCGUCCGCCUCGCUGUCGUUCCUCUUCAUCGGCGGCAAGGACGGCACCGUCGACCUGUACGACAUCGACCGCGGCAUCCUCGCGCCGGCCGAGGCCCGCAUCCCGAACCUGUGGCUCUCGCAGGAGGAAAUCUUGCGGCGAAGCGGCGUGCCCGGAGCACCCUCGAGGCGACACAUCCCUGUCUGCACCGACAUCAAGAUCCACCCGCUCGACUUGAACCUCGUCCUCAUCGCGUACGAGGGCGGCGUCGCGCUCUGGAACCUCGCGACGCGCACGGUCGAGCGCACCUACGAGUUCGUCGUUCCGCCCGGCGCGCCAGGUGGCGGCAACGACUCGGGCGAGAACCUGUUCGCCGAGAGGAGGUCGCCGGUGACGUGCCUCGCCUGGCGACCCGACGGCCUCGUCUUUGCCGCCGGCCACGAGGACGGCACGAUCAGCUUUGCGUCCAGCGAGGACGAGAUGCCUGUCAUGAUCCGCACGCUCGAGCGCGCCGACGUCAACAAGACGACCGAGGAGGACCUGUUCGCCGACCGAGAACCGGCCAACCGCGAGCCCGUGUUCCGCCUCGCCUGGUCGGCGUUCCCGCAAGAAUCGUGGUUCUCGUCGUCGCUCGGCAAGAGCGGCGGUCCGGCCUCUCCCGCCCUUCCUGCAUCGCCGAGCCUCGCCGACGAGAAGACGGACCUGCACGGCGGCACCAUGCUCACGAUCAUGGGCGGCGUCCUGCCGGACGACCCGAUCGGCCUCCACGUCCUCGAGUUUGCGGCCUACCUCGCCCCGCCAGCGGCGACGGCCAAACCCGGCAGCAUCCCGCUCCCCGUGCGCGAGGCUCUGCGCAACUCGAUCUCGCCCGUCGCCCACCACCUGUACCCUACGCCUGCACCGCCCGAGGACUUUCUCCUCCUGCCCCGCAACAACCCACACUACGGCCUGUCGUACGACCCGACCGCCAUCAUCGUCACCUCGGGCCGCGAUCCUCGCUGCCCGGUCCUGUCGGCAGCGCACGCCGCCAACAACAUCGAGGCGUUCGCGUUCCCGCCGAGCAGCACGCGCGCACCUCGUCCGCUCGUCCUGCCGCCCGGCCUCUCUUUCUCCGGCAAGGACACCUGUUCGGCCGCCCAAGUCGUCACGACGUCGAGCCUGUCGUACCGCCACCUCGUGCACCAGUUCGACGUCUCGGACGAGACGGGCGAGCGCCUCCCGCUGCACGGCGGCCGCGCCUCUCCUGUCGCCCGAGCGACUCGUCGCGGCCCGCCCCCAACCCUGAGCGACCAGCCGCCUCGGCUCCUCCUCACGUCGCACGUCGACCUCACCGUCCGGGUCUGGGACAUCUCGACGCCGUUGCUGUGGGGCCACAAGCCGGCCGUCGAGGGCGCCGAGGCCCGCAUCGAGCACGACUUCCCGCGCCCUCUGCGACACCUCGACGUCGACGUCAAGGCGACGCUGUCGGAUCCACGUGCGAGCGAGAUGGCGGCGGCGAGGCUGCUCAAGGAGCGGCCGUGGGAGCUCGACAUCGACAAGGUCUCGUUCGGCGAGGAGAACCUCGAGGUCGCAGUGAGCCUGUCUACAGGCGACCUGCUCGUCUAUCGAUUCGCAUACGGCGAGCACCUCGCAACGAUCGAGCUCGACCGCGCCGAGGCGGCCGACGAGCUCGACGACACGAUCCAGGACGCCUUGCACGACAUGUCGCUCGACGGUCCAUCGUCCAUCCCUGCGGUCCCUCGCGGUGACCCGACCUCGCACGCCGCCCGGCGUGUAUCGUCGCCGCCGCCGCCCCACCGGAGCCGCUUCAACUCGAUCGCCCAUCCCGGCCAAUCCCGCCACGACUCGACCGCAAGCGCCGUUCACCAAGCCGAGCUCGACCCGCAAGACCGCCACGUCGACCUCGCCGGCGCUGCCGUACCGCGGCCCGACCUCGACGGCUUCCGGCCGGUCGCCGCCUUCCACUUCUCGUCGCCGGCGUCGGCGAGCGGGCUCAAGGCGCGCAGCCGCCUCGCGCUCAGCAGCGUCGGCUUCCUCGCCGCGUCGAACGAGGCAAGCCUGAUCGUCAUCGACCUGCGCGGGCCCGAGGUCGUCCUCGUCGACGUUCCGGGAACGAGCGCGCCGUCGACCAAGGGCAAGGGCAAGAUCGACUCGUCGGCCAUCACCGCCUUGAGCUGGACUAUUUGCGCGAUCGGCGAGGACCACGACCGCUCGCCUCGGCUCAUCGUCACCCAGGCCUCGGGCCUCACGCGCGUGUUCGAGCUGUCCAACGUCGGCGGGUCGUGGUACCUGAGCGACAAGGCGGUCUCGGUGCAGCACGACAGCACGCGCGGCGCAUUCGCCACCUUCGUCGUCGACAAGGCCGGCAACGAGCUCGUCGCCGAUGCCCAGAACCUGCAGCUCGCCCUCACGCACCAAGCGGCUCUCGGCACCGUCGAGUCGUACGACCCGGCCGGCGCCAUCACGAGCCUGUGGGUCACGGUCGCUCGCUCGACCUUGGCGUGCUACUUCAACCUCGACGGUCCGCGCACCGCCGUCUACGAGGACGAGCACGCCCAGUUCGAGAAGGCCGUCAUCGUGCACGUCCAGGGCUGUGCGGCGCUCGUCGUCCAGUCGCGCAACUGCACCCUGUCCAUGUUCUCGCUCCCCGACCUCACCUACAUCGCCCGGGCAAAGUUCGACACGACCUUGCACGACUCGGCCGGCGUCUUCUCGCUCGCGCCCGACGGCGACUACUGCCAGUACCUCGACGGCUUGACGAUCCGUCUCGGCACCCUGCGCGACCUGUACCGCCCAGCAUUCCCGCCUCGCAUCGUCGCCUUCGACCCAUCCAUCGCGGUCCCGGCGCAGACGAGCGCGCUGCAGGCUGUCGGCUCAGUCCUCGGCACGUGGUUCGGCGGCAAGAGGGUCUACACGGGCGCAGAGAUUGACGCCAUCCUCGGCGGUCCAAAACGUCCACCGCCCAAAUCUCGCCCGGCGCCCGGCGCACCGCCGCCGAUCGUCACGGCGACGAAGAAGGCCAAGGCGCCGGCCCCGUCAGCGUACGGCCCGCCCUCGUCGGCCGCGAUCGUCCAGGGCGCGAGCGACUCGGCCCGCAGCAUCAUGGCGUCGACCAACGCGGCCCUCGAGCAGCGCGGCGAGUACCUCAACGCGCUCUCGGAGCGUCUCGGCGGCAUGGCCAACGAUGCGGCGACGUUCGCGAAGGAGACGAAGAAGACGGCGCAGCAAGAGGCGGCGAAGCGGUCGAUCUCGGGCGCGUGGGGCAGCUUGUUGAACCGUUUGCCCUGAGAGAAUUUGCGAUUGCGAACGAGUUUGACAAGGUG